GGGAGCGGAGGGAGCGGGAUCGGCGGCGCGAUGAACCUGGAGCUGCUCGAGUCCUUCGGCCAGAACUACCCCGAGGAGGCUGACGGGACCCUGGACUGCAUCAGCAUGGCCCUGACGUGCACCUUCAACCGCUGGGGCACGCUGCUGGCCGUGGGCUGCAACGACGGCAGGAUCGUCAUCUGGGACUUCCUGACCCGUGGCAUCGCCAAGAUCAUCAGCGCCCACAUCCACCCCGUCUGCUCCCUCUGCUGGAGCCGGGACGGGCACAAGCUGGUGAGUGCCUCCACCGACAACAUCGUGUCGCAGUGGGACGUGCUGUCCGGGGACUGCGACCAGCGCUUCCGCUUCCCCUCGCCCAUCCUCAAAGUGCAGUACCACCCCCGCGACCAGAACAGGGUGCUGGUGUGUCCCAUGAAGUCGGCCCCGGUGAUGCUGACGCUCUCCGACUCCAAGCACGUGGUGCUGCCCGUGGACGACGACUCCGACCUCAACGUGGUGGCGUCGUUUGACCGGAGAGGGGAAUACAUCUACACCGGGAACGCCAAGGGCAAGAUCUUGGUCUUAAAAACAGACACUCAGGAUCUUGUUGCUUCCUUCAGAGUGACCACAGGGACCAGCAACACCACGGCCAUUAAAUCCAUCGAGUUCGCCCGCAAAGGGAGCUGCUUCCUGAUCAACACGGCCGACCGGAUCAUCCGCGUGUACGACGGGCGGGAGAUCCUCACCUGCGGGCGCGACGGCGAGCCCGAGCCCAUGCAGAAACUGCAGGACCUGGUCAACAGGACCCCCUGGAAGAAGUGCUGCUUCUCGGGGGACGGCGAGUACAUCGUGGCGGGCUCGGCGCGGCAGCACGCGCUCUACAUCUGGGAGAAGAGCAUCGGCAACCUGGUGAAAAUCCUGCACGGAACGCGCGGCGAGCUCCUGCUGGACGUGGCAUGGCAUCCGGUGCGGCCCAUCAUCGCCUCCAUUUCCAGCGGGGUGGUUUCCAUAUGGGCUCAGAACCAGGUGGAAAACUGGAGCGCUUUUGCCCCCGAUUUCAAGGAGCUGGAUGAAAACGUGGAAUACGAGGAGCGGGAAUCGGAAUUCGACAUCGAGGACGAGGAUAAGAGCGAGCCAGAGCAGACAGGUGCCGAUGCUGCGGAGGAUGAGGAGGUGGACGUGACCAGCGUGGAUCCCAUCGCCGCCUUCUGCAGCAGCGACGAGGAGCUGGAGGAUUCCCGGGCGCUGCUCUACCUUCCCAUCGCUCCGGAGGUGGAGGAUCCCGAGGAGAAUCCCUACGGGCCGCCCCCGGACGCGCUGCCCAGCGCGCUGCCCGACGAGGGGCUGGGCCCCGAGAAGAAGCGCCCCAGCUCCUCGGAGGGGCCCCAGAACCCCAAGAAAAAACCCAAAACCACCAACAUCGAGCUCCAGGGAGUCCCCAACGACGAGGUGCACCCGCUGCUGGGCGUCAAGGGCGACGGUAAAUCCAAGAAGAAGCAAGCAGGCAGGCCCAAAGGAUCAAAAGGUAAAGACAAAGAUUCUCCAUUUAAACCGAAACUCUACAAAGGGGACAGAGGUUCUUUACCUCUGGAAGGAGCGGCCAAGGGGAAGGUGCAGGCGGAGCUGGGCCAGCCCCUGACAGCAGGUGGUGCAAUCUCAGAGUUGCUAUGAAGACUCUUCCUUCUCUCCCUGUCUCCUUUCCUCUCUUGGCUCCCCAGCGUGGAAACGCUGGAAUUUUCAGUCAGGACUGGCACAGACUGAAUUCCAUGGAUUCAGGGAGUGAUUUGGGGCAGGAAUGACUCUGGAAGAGGGAGCAGCCUCUGCCCUCCUGCUGCCUCUCCGUGGAUCAGGCACAGCUGGCGCGGAGAAGGCUCGGACCGAGCUCCGGUUGGGAAUUCCAGGGACAAAUCCCUGUCCCAAAGUGACCUGAGCCCCUUCCCCGCCACUCCAGAGCCUCUCCACCUUUAUCUCCCAAAAUCUCGCAUCAUUCCCGGAUGGAAGAACACCCCAAAGAGUGAAUUUGGAUUCCUGGCUGGAUCCUGCAAAGCCCCCCUUUUCCAGCUGGGAAUUCCCGUCUCGCUGAGCCCAUUCCUGCCCAGCUUUUCCCUGGGUGACAGGAUCAGGGCAGAGCCGCUGAUCCCAGCCCAGAUUUUCAGGAAUUUCCAGUGAGAUGUGAGGAGCUGCGGCCCCUCUGGAAUCUGCCUUGCUUUGGUGUUCAUUUCUCCCACUCUGCCGGUGGCAGAAGGGGCAGCUUUAGGAAAAAAACCUCAUUUUCCAAUGGUUUUUAUCCCAGCCUGUGAUUCCCGAAGCUCUGCUGCAGUUCCCUCCCGUCCUUUCCAGUGGUUUUGUUCCUUCUCUUCCCUGGGAAAAGCCCCGGGAAUAUCCGGGCUCCUCCCUCACCGGGAGAUAAAUUAAACCCAGGUUUUUUUUUUCUCGGAACUGAAACAGAAAUUUUCCAAAGGGGUUUCUGUUUUUUCCCACUCGUGGGUUAAAAAUGGAAGCUGCCAGCUCAUUCCCAACCUUUUAUUCCUUCAGGAUUCCCUGUGGGAAUGGGAAUAGCACUUUCCCUGUCCAGCACCCACAGCCUGGCACCUCUUACCCACACCAGCAUCCCAAAAAAAGGAAAUUUCACCCCUAAAUCCCCGUUUUUUCCCCCCAGACUUCGGCGUUUCGUUGCUCUCGGUGUUUCCCCCCGGGUGGAAUUUUUGGGAUUAUCAGGAGGUAUUUGAAUUUCCUGGGUGUCCUGCAGGAAAAGGCAGGAGGGGAGUUGGGAAGGGAUGAGUUUGCAGCCAGAACCGUGCAGAUACAAAAUCCAGGAGAGAGAAAACAUUUGGAAAUCGGAGCUUUCGCAAUUCUUCAAACCUCGACGUUUUCGCUCCGGGCUUUGGGGACAUUUGGGUUCAUUUUGGGACAUUUCUGACCACGAGUGUAAAAUUCCCAUUGGGAUUUUUGUUCUUUUUUGCUUGUGGGGCGACUCUGCCGUGCCAAACCUGCCCUGGCUGGGCCUGACCCCAAUUCCUGCGGCACAGCCCGAGCUCCUGCAGCUUGGCUUAAAGCCCUUCCUUCAUUUCCCACUUUAUUCCCAUCUUUAUUUCCCGUUUUAUUCCCAUCCUUAUUUUAUUUCCCGUUUUAUUCCCGUCCUUAUUUUAUUUCCCGCUUUAUUCCCAUCCUUAUUUUAUUUCCCGCUUCAUUCCCCAUCCUUAUUUUCUGUCCUGGUUAUUCCCACCUUUAUUUUCUUCCCUGCUUUAUUCCCAUCUUUAUUUUAGUUCUCACUUUGUUCCCAUCUUUAUUUUCUUUCCUAGUUUGUUCCCAUCUUUGUUUUAUUUGCCGAUUUAUUCUCAUCCUUGUUUUAUUUCCUGGUUUGUUUCCAUCCUUCUUUCCUGCUUUAUUCCCAUCCUUCUAUUUCCUGCUUUAUUCCCAUCCAUAUUUCCUGGUCUGUUCCCAUCUUUAUUUUAUUUCCUUGUUAUUCCCAUCCUUAUCUUAUUUCCCGGUUUGUUUCCAUCCUUAUUUUUUUUUUCCCACUUUAUUCCAUCCUUAUUUUCUGUCCUGGUUAUUCCCAUCUUUAUUUUAUUUCUCACUUUGUUCCCAUCUUUAUUGUAUUUCCCGCCUUAUUCCCAUCCUUAUUUUAUUUCCUUUUUAUUCCCAUCCUUAUUCUCUUUCCCGAGUUAUUCCCGUCCUUAUUUUAUUCCCUGGUUUUGUACAAUAUCGGAUCAGCUUCGGCAGUGGUGAUGGCUCUGUGUUUGUAA